CAGGUUUUCAGUCACACGGAGCCGAAGCCAUGCCUCUCGGGAAAAACGGGAAGAAGAAAAUUGAAGACAUUAAUAUGGUGUACAACAUCAAGGAGAAGCUGGGAGCGGGAGCUUUUUCUGAGGUGGUCCUCGCACAAGAAAAGGAUUCAGAGAGACUGGUAGCCCUGAAAUGUAUCCCGAAGAAGGCUCUGCGUGGAAAGGAGGCCGUGGUGGAAAAUGAAAUUGCAGUCCUGAAAAAGAUUGCUCAUAAAAAUAUCGUCGCCCUUGAAGACAUUUAUGAGAGCCCCAGUCACCUUUACUUGGCAAUGGAACUCGUCACGGGUGGCGAGCUGUUCGAUCGCAUCAUUGAGCGAGGAUAUUACACCGAGAAGGAUGCCAGUCAGCUCGUCCGACAGAUCCUGGACGCCCUGCAGUACUUGCACAAUAUGGGAAUUGUACACCGUGAUCUCAAGGUACCGUGGCCUCAGAAUGAGCUAAAAUUGGGGGACUUUGGCCUCUCCAAGAUUGAAGACGGUGGCAUGAUGGCUACAGCUUGUGGGACGCCAGGUUAUGUUGCCCCCGAACUCCUGGAGCAGAAGCCGUACGGGAAGGCCGUGGAUGUGUGGGCCUUAGGCGUCAUCUCAUACAUUCUGCUGUGUGGAUAUCCGCCUUUCUACGACGAAAACGACUCAGAGCUUUUCAAUCAGAUCAUAAAAGCAGAAUAUGAAUUUGACUCGCCAUACUGGGACGACAUAUCUGAAUCAGCUAAAGAUUUCAUCCGUCACCUUCUGGAGAGAGAGCCGGAGAAGAGGCUGACCUGUGAACAAGCCCUGCAGCAUCCAUGGAUCUCGGGAGACACGGCUCUGGAGAGAGACAUCCACGGUUCUGUCAGUGAACAAAUCCAAAAGAAUUUUGCCCGGAGUCAGUGGAAGAGGGCAUUUAAUGCGACGUCCUUCCUGCGCCAUAUCACUAAAAUGGGUCAAAGUGCUGAAGCGGAUCCCGAGGAAAGCACAGUGGAGACGGUCCAAGAGGAGAAAGAUAAGUGGUGAUUGAAGGUAAGA